AGAUAUUCGUGAAAUUUUCUGUGCAUUACUCUUAUAAACCAUUAUGUAACACUGUAUACAAUAUCCACAUGAACAUUAUUAAUUCCGACUGAGAUAUGAUAUACCUACAGAUGUAUUUAAGUGUUUCAAGCUGAAAUCUUACUUAAUCCAAAGUUCCAUUUGACUGCCUCUAUCAAGUAGUAAAAUCAACACCGUUGAAGAAGAUACAAGAAACAUGAACUUGACGUUAUCAACAAUGAAAAAAGGUAACAAUGAAUAUGCUGUAAGAAAAUGACAAGGCAGUUGGUUGUAUUAAAGGGUAGGCUAAAGGGCAGUAGUGAAGUAUCGACAGCACUUAGUGAAAUCUAUCUGACGGAAUAAUCUGCCUCUCAAGCAUAAAUUUAUGAAUGAACUGAUACGCCACUGUGGGAGGCACUACGAGGCAAUUUUUUAAAAACAGGGGGAUGUAUUUUUCAUCAGCGUGACAAAUGAAGAUGCAGCAUCCAUUGAGGCACAAACCUCAACCCACUCGUAAUAGGGGACUAAUAAGGAAUGGAUGGCAUGCCUACUACCUCCGCUCAGAAAAAUGAAUUCUGUCACUGGACCACAAUUCGGCAGUCUCCUAGAUAUAAAUACAAUACAUUUAUUUACAAAGAGUCUAUAAAGCCAGGUGCGGAAUCGGUUGAAACAUAGAUGCUGUUUGAAAAAUUCUCCUGUUGUUCAAAAUCUGCAGUGAGUGAUCCCCCUGAGGCUUUGACUCCUAUACUUUCCUGCAGAGCUGAAGAAUUUCUUCCAAAAUGAGGGGAUUUUUAGUGAUUUUGUUGUUUAGUUUUAACAUCUGCCUCAGCUUGAAAAUGGGCAAAAAUUCCAAAAAGAUGCUAAAAACUAAAAGAUGUAAGUAUACAUUUGUGGUCAAAGAAAUGGUCGACGGUGGACAUUGUCCAAAUCAAGUCCAAGAAUAUCCUCAGGCCGAUAAAACCAUGGAGAGCACCACUAUGGCCGCUCACCCCCAAAAUCCUUAUGGUAUUAUACAAAGUACAAAAAACCAUAUACUAUCAGGGUCAAAAUUCAAAGAGUUAGAAAAACGCCUGAAGACCGUGGAAAAUAUGCUAGAGGAUCAAACAGUAGAAAAUACGUAUUUAAACCAGACGAUAAUCAAACAAGAAUCUAAACUUAAAAACUGUGACAAAAUGAUGAGUGAAUACCACAAAAAUAUCACCAACAUGUACCGUUUGAUGAACCACCUGCAGCGAACCAUUAAUACCCAGAGAAAGGGGUACCAGGAGCUGGAGAGGAAAGUGUCCGGCAUCGUCCUAGAUGUGGUGGAGGUCAAUAACGUACUGGAGAAAAAAGUGACUACAUUUGACAACACCGGCAGCUUGAAACGUAAAAAUAUUCAAGUGGAAACCAUUUCAAAGGUGCUAAACUGUGGACAAACUAAUCGGGAAACUACCUUCAAAGGUAAAGUACUCUCCAAACUCACAGCCUCUUGCAUUUCUACAUUUUCUCAGUUAAGAAGGUUAUGUAAGAAUUAAUGACUGGAAAAUAAA